GGCAACAGACUCAUCAGUCCACACCCACAACUUAUAAGUUGCCACAGACUACUCUCUUAAAAGACAUCUUCAAACGGCACAAAGAGUGUUGGUUUACUGUUUCCCCCUUAUCGGUCGGAGAUAUCGGCCAACUGUAAAGCAAGGUACCUCUCUAGCUUAACUACUUGGGAGUCCUCAGAGCAUCCAGGCUUGCUUCCUUUUCCUUUAUAAUUCUUGCCGCUCUUGUCUAUCAACCUAGACGUCCGUGGCAGUCUUCAUCUUUUGUAGACUUUCCUCUAGAUUCCAUUACCCAAUUAUCUUUCUAGUCCCACGUCCCCAUUCCAACCCCCAUCUCCGUCCCUCUCUUUUGCCCGUUCCAGGACUCAGGCACAGCGGCAUAGGGAUGGACCUCAACAGCCUGCUCCGUGGAGCCUUGCCCACUUUUGGCGAGAACUUGACGGAAGCUGGCGGGAAUAUCACCAGCCAAGAGUUCCACGAUGGCAUCAUCAAGGGCCUCAUGCCACUCUUCGGCGGAAAAUUCAACCCCCUGAUGCAGGCCUUCAUGCUAUUCUACAACAUGGCCGGCAGCCGACUUGGCUUCGACCCAACUGCCAUCCUGACCGCGCUGGGGUUCGUCUGGGCUGCAAACAAGCUCUGGAGACAGGUCUACAUGACCGUCUACGGCGUGCUCCAGGAAUACCUGACCGCCAGUAUCCAUAUCAGCAGCAGCGACGAGAUGUACCUCCACAUGAUGAAGUGGCUCGCCAGCCAACCGAACAUGUUUAACUCGCGGGCCCUCACUGCGGAGACGACCUCGAGGACAGCGUGGGAAGAGGAGGAAGAGGCUGAAGUGGUGUCAACUAACAUUUCGGCUGAUGGGUCCGGCGUUUACUUGAACUUCUCAAACCAGGAGGCGAAGUCGCCCCCACGAUUCAUCCCGGCACUCGGCGCGCAUAACUUCUGGUUCGAUGGCCGGUACUUUCGGUUGCACAGGAAACAGGAGUCUCUGUAUGAUGACGGGGCUAGUACUAAUUUCCCCCAGUUCAAGGAAAAGGAGAAGCUGGUCGUCUCGUGCUACGGGCGAUCUCCAGAACCGAUCAAGAGGCUCCUCAGACACGCCAAAAGGCUGUACUACGAUGACCACCAUGCUAAGACCAUGGUCAGACGGCCCAGCCCCCAGAACAUGCGUAGAUAUGGCGGUCGACACAGCUGGAUACUGGUUGCCAACCGCCCUGUCCGGCCCAUGAAGACGGUUGUUCUUGAUGCGGAGCAGAAGGUGCAGGUUCUUGCCGACAUCAAUGAAUAUCUUCACCCAGCCACGCCGAGGUGGUAUGCCAACCGCGGUAUACCGCUACGUCGCGGCUACCUCUUCCACGGCCCCCCAGGAACUGGAAAGACAUCCCUCUCAUUUGCUCUUGCCGGUGUUUUCGGCCUUGACAUAUACGUUAUCAGCCUCCUGGAGCCGACCCUGACAGAGGAGGACCUCUCCGGCCUCUUCAGCUCCCUUCCUCGACGAUGUGUAGUCCUCCUCGAGGAUAUUGAUACAGCCGGACUGUCCCGCCCAGCCGGCGAUGGUGAAUCAAAGGGCGCAAAAGGAAAGGACGGCGAGGGCAGCAAGGAGGCCAACGUGGCUGAAUGGAAAGUGGCCGACCUGGCCCGAGAACUAAAGAGACACCCCGGCGGCGCUGAUGAGAAGAAGGGCAUCUCCCUGUCGGGCCUGCUCAACGCCAUCGACGGAGUGGCGUCGCACGAAGGACGUGUCUUGAUCAUGACCACGAACAAACCGGAGGCGCUUGACGAGGCUCUCAUCCGUCCUGGCCGGGUUGAUCUACAGGUCGGGUUUGGUUACGCAACCCAAGGCCAGGCCAAGGAGCUGUUUGAGCGCAUGUACGAAGCUGACAAGCAGCACGUCAAACCUGGCCGGGCCGGGGCGCCUGAUUCCGCCAAGGAACACCACCCGAAACAGAGCAAUGGAAAGGCAGUCGGGUCCGACCAUACGCACGUGAAUGGUUCGGCCCACGCUGCCGCAGGCGACAAGGACAAGACGAGUUCGGCCCCCGACUCCGACACCGAUGCCGAGGCCGAGAAGGCCGGCCUCUUGGACGCCGGGGCGCAGCAGACUACCGAACCGACUGUGGAUACCCCCGACGACAACGGCUCCGAAACCGUGACCGACGACAGCCUAUCGAAGCUUGCGGCGGCGUUCGCGAGCAAGAUACCCGACGGCCAGUUCUCGCCCGCCGAGAUCCAGGGGUUCUUGCUCAAGCGCAAGAAGAACCCCAUGAAGGCGGUCCUGGAGGUUGACAAGUGGGUCGAGGCAAUGCUGCUGCAGAAGGCCAGCAAGACGAAGGUGAUGCAGGUGCAGUGAGGGAGAUGGUCUUAUUCGUUUUGUCUGGCAUGCACUAUUUGUCUUUAAUGAUAACCUAGGGUUUACGAGGGAAUGGUGGUACGCUGCAUUUUCCUCUGUCCUGAGUCUCUCUAGUCAAAAUGGCCCCGAGCUCUUAAGGGGUGGUUGUGCUGGUACUUACAAAGCAUUCGAGGGAUGGUGUGGGAAGAGGGUCGAGACAAGUAGAUCACGAGGAUACACAAUAGAACAUAAAAGGGAUGAAUUGCCCCCCCUAAAGUAUGGACAAUCUGUAAAGGAAAGUAUCUACAGAAAUGGCUUUUCCAAAUCUGCCCCUGAACUCUGGGCCUGCGCUUGGGGGUGGCGAUUCAGGUGAGGUUUUCUUCUUUUUUUCUUCUUCGGGGCGCAUCAAGGCUCCCCAGCACAGCAUAGCUGUGUUCUCGCCAUAAGAUAGAU